GGAGUUAUUAGCGCCGCUCUUCUCCUCCACGUCGUCGUCGUCUUCUUCUGCUUCUUCUCAACAACCUUCAUCUUCUUCGUCUCUGAAAAUUCUCCCCCCCCUCUCUCUGUCUCUUUCUUUCGGUUUUUCUCUUCGCACCUUUUCUCUUUAGAUCUGCUCAGUUCCUGAGCUUUUUCUAAGUUGUUGUUUCGGAAUCGACAUGGUGGUGAAUGAAAGGCCGUCGAAGAGGAUGAAGAGGAGAGUAUCAGCCGAUCUUUACGAUUUUCUCACUUUUCCGGCCGCCGGUGACCGCUGCUGCGACGAUGUAGUCGGCGGCGGUCAGCCGUUUCGGAAAGCCGUUCAGCGGUUUCUUACUAAUUAUGCGAUGGUCACGUAUCCCCCGUCGUUGUUUUCGUCGUUGAUGACGUGGCAGAUUUUGUUUCGGAUCGGAGGACUCGUCGAUGGGUCCGAUCUGUCGCCGGCGAUUGUCACCCUUGACAUUGUGGAGGAAGACGUAACUCGAUCUCGAUCCUCAGUCUACUGUGAUCAGUGCCGAGUUGUUGGAUGGAGCGGCCAUCCGGUAUGCCGAAAGCGAUAUCACGUCAUUAUCCGAGCAUCAAGUAAUCGCAUGGAUGCAUAUGAAAGACCUUGUUCGUUAUGUGGGAAAUCUACCCAACUUUCGGAACCAAGGUGUAAAUGGUGCGACACUGUCAUCACUGUUGAUGAUCUUGAGGAUUGGGUGUAUAGUCAAAUUGAAGAUAACACUCAUGUUCUGCACGGGAUUGUCCAUUCCAAUGGUUAUGGCCAUUUGAUGACUCUUAAUGGAAGAGAGGGUGGUUCAAGCCUUCUCUCUGGUUCUGACAUAAUGGGUUUCUGGGACAGGCUUUGUGUUGCACUUGCUGUUAGGAAGGUUAGUGUGAUGGAUUUGUCGAAGAAGUUUGGGAUGGAAUACCGAUUGCUUCAUGCAAUCACCAAUGGCUGUUCUUGGUAUGGGAAUUGGGGUUAUGAAUUUGGGACUGGUAGCUAUGCUCUCACUCAAGACUCGUACCAAAAAGCAGUGAAUACCCUGUCAAGCAUGCCCCUAUCGGAUUUAUUAUUCCAGGAUCGUGGUCCCCGAAGCCGCCUGCAGUGUGUUAUUUCUCUUUACCAGUCUUUGGCGGAUACUGAACUGUUAACUAUCAAAGAUCUAUUCUCCUUUUUGGCGAGCUUAAUUCGUGAGUUCCACAAGCCUUUGACCACAAGAACAUCGGAUGCUGAAACUUGCAAUGUGUUGUGUGCCUGGACAAGCAAUGAUGUUGAAGCUGUGCAACAGGCUUUGAUCAAGGUACUGCUUGCAUCGGCUACCUCUAGUGGGGCCAAAUGGGUUACAAGACGAGCUCUCAAGGGUGCAUUAAGUAGGGGUGUUGCAUCUCCAGAGCUUCUAGAUUACAGUCUGAAACAUCUAGGGGGAAAGUUAGCUGCCUUCGGUAUGGUAGUUAAGUCAAGAUGCAAUCCCGCAUCUAGUGCUGUGGAGUUCAGGCUUGAACCCUUGAAUGUCAUGGAAAAUGAAGUUAAUGCAAAUUCAGGUUACCCAUCAAAAGAACAAGUGAUUGCCGAUUUGAAAUUCCUGUUUGAUUCCAUUAUUCAUCCUGAAAGGAUGGUGAGCUACAAACCUAAAAUUAUGAGGAAGCGGGUGGCUGAUUCGGCCAGGAAGCUCCUCGACUGCAAGCAGUUCAUGAAGGAUUACAAGCCUGAUAAGAUGGUCGGUGAACAAACGCCUCCUUGUAUUAGGCUGUGGUGUCAUGUGGAGCUUUCAGAUCAGCCAAAAGAUGAUCCAACCCCACCUCCAGAAUUAAUCUUGCUACACCUAAAUGCCACUGUAGCUGAUCUCAAGAAGGAGGCGACCGAUGCUUUUCAAGAAGUGUAUGCCAUGUACAAGAGGUUUCAAGCCGAGGAACUUCUGGAAUAUGGAUCUAUCAAGGACAAUCUCACUGUAAAGCUCCUGCUUGGAACUAGUGGGUCUGUCCGAAUUUUAGGUAAAUGCCCUGCAAAACAUGGGCUAAACCGAUUCCGAAUGGAGAGAGGAACAGAGACGUGGAAAGUUGAUUGCACAUGUGGGGCUAAGGACGAUGAUGGGGAGAAAAUGUUAGCAUGUGAUACUUGUGGUGUUUGGCAGCAUACCAGGUGUGCUGGAAUCGAUAGCUCUAUUGCUGUUCCUUCCAAAUUCGUAUGCAUGAGGUGCAUCAAAUCAUACCGCAAGGAAGCUAAGAAACUGCCAAACCUUGAUGAACCAAAAAACUUGACCGUUGACGGACCAAGAACAAGAAUCCACUCUGUUGAACCAAAAAAUUUGACCGUUAAUGGACCAAGAAUCUACCCUGUUGAUGAACCCAGAAUCCACCCUAUGGAUGGAGCGAAAAUCCACCAUGCGGACGAUGAAGCAAACGCAGCUUGUAAACUGAACAACUCUGUUGAUGAAGCAAGAACCCCCAGUAAAGCAAAAUCUUCAUGCAGGCGUGAAGUGGUGGCAACCGACAGUCCUGCAGUUGCUUGCAACCUGGCUCUGAAUUUUGGUGUGCGCUGAGUGUAUAGUAUGUUUGUAUCUGUAUAGUGUUAGGUUAGGUCUCUUUAAAUGUGUUGUCAUGUAUAUGGAGUUGUUACUUUGUUAUUAAGCCUCUGGCUUUAGCUUUAACUUGUGCCAGUCUAGGUGGACUUAAAAAAAAAAAAAUUGGAAGUAUAUGCUUAAGUUAACAUUAUGUAAUCCAUCAGCAGCCUUGUGAUGUUUUAAAUACAAAUACAAUGAUCUCUACUAA